AUGUCCUCAACCAGUCCUUCACAGACCAAGGACUUUCCGUCAUCCCUGUCGUCUUCUUCUACCACUGCUAUAGAACUUCUUUCCCUGGGGUCUUCGAUGUUGGGGAAUAACGGUUCCGCCCCCAUUGCCAACUCCUUGCUUGCCACAGUACAAAGCUCUAUAAACGCCCCUUCUCAAACAAUCUCAGCAACUAGAAAUAAUCCUCUUGGUCCUUUGAAAAACAUCCUGUCGACGUCAUUAGACUCUCUUACUUCCUCAACCUCCUCUACUUCCACUCUUAAAAGCUCCGUCAAUCCCGUAAACAAUGCCAAACCACUAAUAUCUAACUCAUCGUCAUCCACACUAUCUAACCCAAAGGCUACUGACUCAUUAAGUUCUCAAAUUGGAUUAAACUCAUUGAGCGCUACCUCUGCUUCCAAAUAUUCAAGCACAUCAAAACUUUCCUACAUUAUUUCAAAAUCGGUUAGCGCUCAGAGCACCGAUAACCUUCUAAAGGCAUCAAGUCCUAUUAGUACUUCAAUAUCAGCAUCAAAGAACUGGUCUUUACUACAAGAAACGGCAUCAUCCACUACCCCUGGAAUCAAAAAAGAGGAAGUUGAACCAAGUAUUCCAAAACCGACAGAUUUCAACUACAAAUCAACGGCAGAUACUCUUAAUAAAUCUCCAAAUAACCAACAACAAUUAAACAAGUCUAAAGUAUUACCCAACAUAAUGCCUAAUACCAAAUCUUUAAAUAAUAUUUCAAAUCAGCCAUCACUUGUGCCAAAACCCAUCAAACCGAUUCAAAAACUAGAUAGAUCAAUGUCGACUAUGAUGAAUACUCACAAUCAGCAAAGCGUUUCUAUGCAACGCUCAUCAAGCUCCAAAGAUCACUCGGAACUUCAAUCGAUUCUUAGUUCGAAAGUAAAAGAGAACGAAAAAUUGAAAUUGAUUAUUGAUAAGCUCCGUAAUGAGAUCAACUUGCUCAAGAUAUUGCAAGACACCACGGUUAUUGGGGGUAGUGGCACUGAUGAAGGUGACAAUCAAAAUAGCACAAAUAACAAUCAAGGCGCUGGCCAAGGCUCAUCAACUGAUAAUAUAUCAGAUAAUAAUAGUGAAACUAUUAACCCAAUGAAGCUUAGUAAUAAUAUCAGUUCUCUUGCUGGCCCUGACAACAAUAGUAAAAUCUUGAAUGAUCUUAACUCUUUCCUCAAGUCUGAGAAACCAACUAAAAAAACAAAGUCUCGCAAAAAUAAACAACAGCAACAAUCCAAACAAGGGGUAAUGGAAAAUGUCCAUAUGAAGGAUCAUUCAAAAAACAAUACCAGCCAUAAAGCAAACCUGAUUUCCCACUCAUUGGAUAGCCUCUCAAUCCAUCAUGAUGAUAUGGAUGAUGGCAUUCUUGAUGAACGCUUUUCUUCCUCUUCACCAUCUCCAUCACUUUCUCUAACCAUGUCUAAUACUUCAGAGAUAACAGACUUUGAUGUUGACCUGCUCUUGCUACUUAAUUCAUUCCUGCUGCUUUCGCCAGUGCCAACUAAUCUCCACAUUAACAACCACUAUCAUCAUUUUGAUUCUCCCCGCAGAAAAAAAUCAAUUCCGGGAGGAUUAUCUAAUGACCAUGAAGUCUCACAUUUUUUGAACAAUAAUCUGAAUCAUGAUCCGGAUGCCAUGAAGAAACUAUUUCUGUCUAACGCAUCCGUGAAACUUGAACGAACCACUUCUUUGAACUCAUAUAAUGAUAUGACGAAUUCUAUAGAGCAUGGCCAUGCUAUUUCCAACAACAACAAUAAUCUGGGGACCAAUUGCUCUAAUCGUAAAUUGGCGAAUAAAGCUGGAAAAUUGUCUAAUUCUAGCACUUCCAAAAGACAGUCAAAAUCAAAGAAAAAUUCCCAUGAUAAUCAGGAUAGCAAUACUAAAAAUCUUGGUGGUGUUAUUCCUAAUAAAGACCCAUCUAAAGUUCCAUCUUCUGAUCUUCCAUCGUCUAUGGUGAAAAAUGAGAUAAAUUUCCCCCAUUAUGGCUCUGCUGGAUUAGCGGCUGUUGAUGCUUCUGCCUCUGUGAAAGAUGGAACGUUCUUACAAUUGUCAGGAAUUUACGAACCAGAUGAUCCUUUGCUUGGAAAAAACGAUAAUAUUAAUCAUCAUAGUGAUGAGGAUUUUCUGGCUUUGAAAUUAGAGCGUAGCUUAUCGGUACCGACUUAUUCAACCAGUAACGAUGGUGGCAUAAAUCCUCAAAGAAGGACAAAUACGAAAGGAAGGGCAAUAAAACGUCCAACCAAGCAUUUCAAGACGAAAAUCAACCAUUUGUCGAAUUCUGACAAAGAUUCCAAUAAUAAUUCUGACAGAGACCCCGAGAAUAGUAAUUUCAAAGUAAAUAGUGGAAAUAUUGGUGGUAAUUCCAGUAGUGAUGAAAACCUAUUUGAAUCAUGUGGGUUUUGUGUAGACGGAACUCCAUGUCUAUGUGUUGAAGCAGCAAUGGAAUUGGUAGAAUCCACAAAAAUCACCCAAAAGGCGGCGGAAAUUAAGGUCGAGAUUGAAGAUUUAAAGAGCAUAUGA